AGCAAGGGGUUAGGCUAUCACUGACGAUGACUGGUCGGUUUAGAAAGGAAAGUAAGUUUCUCGAUUGCAAGAUCCACUUUCUAAGUAAAAGGUUUGAAAUACCUUAUAUUUUCCAUUCAGGAGAAAUGGACAGAAUUGCACUAAGUGUCUUGUUUUGCUUAUUUCGGAUUAUUACACGGGGGGAUCUUGACUUUUGGAAAUCUGAAGUAGCUUACCUACAUAAUUGAAGCAGAAUGCAUUCAUAAAACUUCGACAUAAAUAUGCAGUGUGUGUGAAUCAAAUAUGUGGUACAUGUGAUCCUCAACUACCUUAACUAUAUUACUACAAAGGUUCAAUUAAAAUAGGUUUGAUGUGGAUGAAUUAAAAAGUUUCCAAACCAAAAAGUUUCCACAUCAAAAUGAAACCGUACACAAAUGACAUCUGAAAACAACAUCCAAGAAAAACAUUACCAAACGUCAAUAUCGAAGUUCAUUUUUGCAUCAAACGCGAAGAGAAAAAGUUUCGCAAAAUGCACAUUAGCUACAAUAACAUAAAAUUAUUCCGAGUCAACAUACCCAACUUUAUGUAAAUGGCUUGUCAUACGAAGAUUUCCAACAAAAUGAAGGAGGAAGAGUUGGCUAUCAAGGGAGCCCAUAUUCUAGGCCCCAGUGUCGAGUCCAAGUUUGACGAACUGAAAUAUGAAGUUAUUCAUAAGAUCGACAAGGAACUGACGGAUUCGCAGAACGCAAGGGACUACAUAUGCCAGAAAUAUGACGAGCUUUGUAACAAAAUACAGUAUUUGACGGAGUUAGACGCCACCGUCACGGGGUUUAGAAGUGACGUGAAAGCUAUUGAAAAGCAGAUCACGGAACUAUCCAUGAGGGUCGAUGAUAUUGAGAAGAAAGCUAUUUGUAGGGAGUGCCCGUCUAUUACUUCUUCUAAUAUGUAUUGAGUAAUAUAUUGUUUUGGUCUUGA